AGAGAGAGAACUUGGAGUCAACGUAACCUCAAUAUUGUCUUUCAUGUCGUGAAUCCACGAAAGAGGUAUAAAAACAGUCAAGAUGCAACUGUUCAUCAGAGGACAGGAGACGUUCGUCGUCAACUGCGAGGACAACGAUACCAUUGCCCAGAUUAAGGCUAAGCUCUUGGCUUCGGAAGAUAUCACGAAAGACUGCAUACUUUACUGCGCUGGUGCACCACUUAAUGAUGAUACAUGUGUGAAUGACUUGACGACAAAUACCAUUGAAGUUAAUGAAGGUCUGCUUGGAGGUAAAGUGCACGGUUCACUUGCUCGUGCCGGUAAAGUAAAGGGACAAACACCCAAGGUUGAGAAACAAGAAAAGAGCAAGAAAAAGACUGGACGUGCUAAGAGACGUAUCCAGUACAACCGCAGAUUUGUCAAUGUUGUACAGACAUACGGACGAAGACGUGGACCAAAUGCCAACCCCAACUCAUAAACAUUCUAUUUAUUUUUAAACACCGAAUGUUUGUUACUUUAAGAUUGCGCAUCGCGUAUUUGUAAUAUUAUUUGUAAACCGAAAGUAAUAAUACAAAUCACGUCAUGCAACACUUAUUUCACUAUUUUUUAAUAAAAAUUAAACAAUUCUCUCCAUAAA